AUGAAAUCAGCAUUAGCCCAAGUAGUUGAAGGGCAGGUUUUUGAAUUUAAACAGCUCAUGGACUAACUUUAGGAGUAAAAGCAUUAGAGUUCGAGAGCAAAGACCACAGAUGAUAAAUUGGCUGCGAGGCAAAAAAUGAAAGAAUUACAACCCAAGAAGCCCACAUCAAAGCAAUAACCCUGGAGAGAAACAUACAAUAAAAACUAUGACUUUGAGAAGGACAUUAAGAGACUAUAAGGAGUUGCGAUAAAUUUAUUGCCAAGAAGUUAUGAAACGACUAUCCCACCUGGCUAAGUUCAGCCUUUUAAGCUAACAUCUAAUUUUGGCAAGGACUUCAAAAAAGACUAGAUGGAAAUAUCAAUGUUGACUAGAUAAGGAAAGAAAUUAGUUGAGUAAAAUGAGAAAAAUUUUAAUGUAAUAUCUCACAUGAGUGUUGAUGAUUUUGUUUAGGAUGUAGUUGAGAAGCGUAGGUUGGAGGAACAGGAAUAUGUAAAAAAUAGAAGGAUAAUUUUAGAGUAAUCUUUGCAGCCUAAGUGGGACCCAACUUCAUUUCAUGGCUAUGAAUUUUCUUAAUAUGAAGCUGAUUUCGCUAAAUAUCACAAGAAAUCAUUACUACCUCUUGAUAAUAAGCCUCUAUAAGAAAAAGCUUUCCUAAGAACUGGUACAACAUCUAAUCAAUUUGCUCCUACAGUUGGUUCAAUUAUAUGA